AUGUCCGGAAUGUGCCAGGCGCAUCUACCUACCCCAGGAGAGGGCAGAGGAAGGGGGCCGGCCGAGAGGAGGGGCGAGGGGCGAGGCUCUGGGCGCAGGAGAAAACCUGUUUGUUCUCCUGCGGGCAGAGCCCAGUCCGCGCCUCCUCGCCGGCCCGCGCGCUCCCCACCGCGCCCCGCGUCCCGCGUCCGCUCCCCAGCCCGGCCCGGCCGGCGCUGCCCACCGGAGGGAGCCCGCGCCCCGCGCCCGCCGGACCCUACGCCCCUCCCGCGAGCCGGGCACCUGUGCCAGGAGCCCUGUUGA